CAUCUCUGCCCGCACAACAGUCCUUACGUCUGUGCACACCUAGGACGGAGAAGCGACAUCCCCGGGCACACCUAGGACGGAGAAGCGACAUCCCCGGCAGCCGGCGUUGGGUGGUUCUUGUGGCCCGCUUGCGUUCUAGCGAGGAUUUUGGACGCCAGGCUGCUUUUCCCACAAGCCACCGCGGCCGUGGCUACUCAAGCUUGAACUACAUUUCCCAGAGGGCAACGAGCACACUCAAUCUAUGGCUUCCCGUCCACUUUCGCGUGGUUCUUGUGCAUUGCAAGCUCUGGAUGUUCUUUGUUCUCCCUUAGAGGAGCCUCAAGGAGGACUUAUCUGUUUCUGCAGAUGUAAAACCAUGCUCUGGAUUCUCUGGAGUUUUAAUUUUUCCAGCAGUGGAACACCAAGGGGGACUGAUCAGGCCUUCCAUUUCUAAAACCAUGACCUGUUUUCAGGAAUUAGUGACAUUCAGGGAUGUGGCCAUCGACUUCUCUCAGCAGGAGUGGGAAUACCUGGACUCUAUUCAGAGGGACUUGUACAGGGAUGUGAUGUUGGAGAACUACAGGAACCUGGUCUCACUGGGACAUUCCAUUUCUAAGCCAGAUGUGGUUGACUUACUGGAACAAGGAAAAGAGCCCUGGAUGAUUCUGAGGGAAGAAACACAAAGGUGGUACACAGAUUUGGAUUUACAGUAUGAGAUAAUCAGCUAUGUAGAAAUGCCCACAUAUGAAAAACAUGUAUCUUCUACACGACAUGAGAACAUAAGUAACAGAGAGAAACUCUAUGACUGUAAGAAAUGUCAGAAGAACUUUCGUAGUGGCUAUCAACUUACUCUACAUCAAAGAUUUCAUACUGGUGAGAAACCCUAUGAAUGUGCAGAAUGUGGGAAGAACUUUAAAAGUGGCUAUCAACUUACUGUACAUCAGAGACUUCAUACUGGUGAGAAAACCUAUGAAUGUAGGGAAUGUGGGAAGGCCUUUAUUUAUGCCUCGCACAUCGUUCAACACGAGAGAAUUCACACUGGUGGGAAGCCUUAUGGAUGUCUGGAAUGUGGGAAGGCCUUUAGUCAAGGUGGACACCUUAGAAUUCAUCAGAGAAUUCAUACUGGUGAAAAACCCUAUAUAUGUGAGGAAUGUGGGAAGGCUUUUAGUAGGCGCUCAAAUCUUGUUGAACAUGGGCAAAUUCAUACUGGUGAGAAACCAUAUGUAUGUGAGAAAUGUGGAAAGUCCUUUAGAAGAGGUCAUCAACUUAGUGUACAUCGAAGUGUUCAUACUGGUAAAAAGCCAUAUGAAUGCAAAGAAUGUGGGAAGGGCUAUACCACUGCCUCAUACCUUAUUCUGCAUCAGAGAAUUCAUAAAGGUGGGAAACCAUAUGAAUGUAAGGAGUGUAAAAAAACCUUUACUUUAUAUAGAAAUCUUACUCGACAUCAGAAUAUUCAUACCGGUGAGAAACUUUAUGAAUGUAGGCAGUGUGGGAAGGCCUAUACUACUGGUUCAAAACUUGUUCAACAUCAGAAAACUCAUACUGGUGAAAAACCCUAUGAAUGUAAGGAAUGUGGAAAGGCCUUUAGCUUGUAUGGAUACCUUAAUCAACAUCAGAAAAUUCAUAUUGGUGUGAAAUGCUUUGAAUGUAAGGAGUGUAAGAAAACCUUUACUUUGUAUAGAAAUCUUACUCGACACCAGAGUAUUCAUACUGGUAAGAAACUUUUUGAAUGUCAGGAAUGUGGGAAGGUCUAUAGUACUGGCUCAAACCUUGUUCAACAUCAGAAAACUCAUACUGGUGAGAAACCCUUUGAAUGUAAGGAAUGUGGAAAGACCUUUAGCUUGCAUGGAUAUCUCAAUCAACAUCAGAAAAUUCAUACUGGUGUGAAGCCCUAUGAAUGUAAAGUAUGUAGUAAAACUUUUACUUUCUAUAGGAAUCUUACUCUACAUCAAAGUAUUCAUACUGAUGAGAAACCUUUUGAAUGUAAGGAUUGUGGGAAGGCUUUCAGACGUAGUUCACACCUUACUGCACAUCAGAGUAUUCAUGCUGAUAAAAAACCUUAUGAAUGUAAAGAAUGUGGGAAGGCCUUUAAAAUGUAUGGAUACCUUACACAACAUCAGAAAAUUCACACUGGUGGAAAACCUUAUGAAUGUAAGGAAUGUGGGAAGGCCUUUAGUCGUGCUUCAAACCUUGUUCAACAUGAGAGAAUUCAUACUGGUGAGAAACCCUAUGUGUGUAAGCAGUGUGGGAAGGCCUUCAGAUAUGGUGCAGCCCUUAAAGCACAUCAGGGAAUUCAUAUGAGUGUAAAAGUCUAAGAAGAUAAGGAAUGCGAGAAUGCCUUUAGGCAUGGCCAAACUUUUUCAACAUCAGACAAUUCACAUUGGUGAGAAAUUAUUGAAUAUUAGUCACACAGGUAUUUAUAAUGCAGUUAUGAAUUAGACAGCAUACAAUGUCAGCCCUGUUUUAAUGGAAAUUCUGAUUAUUGAAUGGAAAAUUAAGAAAAAAAUGGGAAUCCCAACUUCUUCAUGCCUGCAACAUCCAUGGCAUGGAAUUUUUUACCAAAUUUAUUAAUUGGAUGACUAAAAGCCUACCAUACUAGAUAUCAGUGGCUCUGUUACAAAUUACCCCAAAUCUUAAUGUCUUACCACAACAGUAAACGUCUCUCACAGGGUCAGAAAUUCAGGAGCAGCUUGGCUGAGCGCUUCUGGACUGGGUUUUUCUUGACAUUGCAGUCAUCUGAAGGCCUGACUGGGGCUGAAGGAUCUGCUCCCUAGGUGGCUCUCUCACACCAGCUGCUGGCUUAGUGAGAGUGCCAAGGAAAACCAUCCUCGUCCACAGUGGACUUGAUUUAGAUAAGGAAAUCCUGGACUGAGAGUUGGUGCUAUAAAUGCAUGAGACUUUGGGGGCUUCUUGAGAGUAUUUUGUGUGUGGUACGAGUGUAAACAGUUUGUACUCAGAGUGCCAAUGGUGGUGUUUUUAAAAUGUGUUCGCAAAUUCUUUGAAACUCUACCCUUCAAAACUGAAGCCUAAUUCUCCUCCCUUUGAAUGUGGGCUGAACCUAGUCACUUGCCUCUAUGAAUGACCCUUCGGGAUAACUUUCUCCUGUUGCUCACACUGACUUGCUCAUUUACUCUCACUUGCUCAGCUCCCCUGGGCUUCUGUGAAGGCUGCUGACAGGCCAUUUUCUAGAAAUAUCAUUGAAUGGCGAUUCUCUUACGUGUGACAUUAGAUCUUUCUGAGGUCUUAACAGAGGUGUUUUUUUUGUUGUUGUUCAUUUGUUGUUGUUGUUGUGAGUUGUUGUGGUCAUAGUUGACUGAAGUACCCACCUGCUUCCUAUCUGAAAUAAUUAUCAUGUUAAUGUUGAGACCGUGCUUCCUAGCUUCCCAUGGGCUGUCCCCAGCCAGUUUUCUGAGCACAGCAGAAGUAUUAAUGCAGGUCAGUUCUUAAGAGGUCCAGAUUCCUCAAGUGGGAAACUUGAGAUCUACUCCCCAUCAGCCAGGCUUAAACUAUCUCCAAACCGCACUACAUUUUUAUAGUUUUCUACACAAUCUCUCUUCACCCCGCUCCUUCAGUUAUCAGUCUUGCAUCAUGGCCUGAAGGCUUUCACUACCUUCCCUGGUUCUCUUCUUUUUCCUUCAUAGUUAGUUACCCCAGUAUCCUUUAUGCAUUUGAUCCUGUCUUGAUUUUUGCUUUUUGGAGGAUCAACACAUACCCUCAGCUUACCUUUAGACUAUGUUUUCCUAACAGUGCCCUGGGUUUUAUCUUUGUCCAGAGACCAUUUCUGAAAAUAGCAUCACUUGCCUUCUGGAGAGCCUGGGAAUUUCUAAAACCAAGUCCUAAUUCACCUCUGUUUAAAUAUCCUUCCUUAGCUUAUCUCACUACUUGCACUUCAAGCAGAAAGAAGCUAGGUGGUACCUUCAACAUCUGACUUGGAAGUCUUGUUAGUUAAAUUACCCAUUUGUUUAAGUAUUAUUUUCUACUUUUCACAUUGUCACAUGCAAUGAUGUUGCUAAACUUUCUGCUGCUCCAUAACAGGAAUCCUCUUUCUCCCAUUCUAUAGUAACAUUUUUUAGUUUUCUUUAAGCUGUUACUAGUAGUCUCCUCAAAAACCUCCAGGUAUCUGCCAACAGUAUCUUCAAGGCCUUUCCAGUUUCCACACACUUUGUGGUCCUAAGACCCCUCUGACAUUUUUAGCUUUUAUUUCUUUCCUUUUUUUUUCUUUCUGACCGCUAAGGGAAUCGCAACCCUCGGCACAGUGUGGUCUGCACCACGCUCAGCCAGUGAGCACACCGGCCAUCCCUAUAUAGGAUCCGAACCCGUGGCCUCGGCGCUAUGAGUGCCGCACUCUCCCAUUUGAGCCACAGGGCCAGCCCUUAGCUUUUAUUUCAAUAGCAUCCCUUGUCUAGGUACCAAAAUCUGUUAGUUAUCUCAUGCUACAUUCUAAAAUGUCUGGAAAGUUAGUGGCUUACAAUGCCAGUAAAUGUUUUUCUCACAGUUUUUGUGAGUCAGUAAUUUGGGAGCAGCAAAGCUGGACAGUUUUGGAUCCAGGGGUUUCAAGAGGUUACAUUUAUAUAAAGAUUUGACAAACUGGGGAAUAUGCUUUCAAAGAUGGCUUAGUUAUGUAGCUGGUAAGUUUAUAGUGGCAAGUUGUUUCCUCUCCAGUAAGGCAUCUCCAUAUUCUGCUUGAGUGUACUUAUGAUGUGACAGUUGGCUUUUCUCAGAUGUGGUCCUUUUUAUAAUCUCACUUUGGAAGUCAGUUCUGCCAUGUUCUAUCCAUUAACAAUGAGUCACUAAGUCUUGCCCACAUUCAGCAGGAGAGGAAUUGGGCUUCAUCUUUUGAAGAGGAAUGUCAAAACAUUUGCUAACAUUUUUAAGUUACUACACCUUCCAACACCAUGCAAUCAUUGUCAAACUUUCAGAAACUAGUGCUAGUAAACAAACUUCUUGAUGUCAUGUGUGCAGUAAUGCUUCUCACCAUACCACACGCCUUACCUGUGAUUACUGCUAUUCUGCCACCUCCCUCCCUGUGUGUCCUUGGCCAACAUAUUUAUUAUCUGUGGGCAUCAUUUGUAAAAUGCUAAUCAAGAACCUACAUGGUAGUCCUGUUAUGGGGAUUGAUUGAAACAGUGAGUAUGAAAAC